AUCAGAGCAACUGGUGGCUGUCAGUCAGCAGUGGGACCCAGGCCUGGGCUCACAGCACUGCUGAAUCAGCCGUGCCUGACUUUCAGAUGACUUUGAGAAGGGACAAGCAGCCUGCAGAGGUCUCUACCAUUCCUGGCACACAAGGGCAGCACUUACCCCCUUGUGCUGUCCCUUUUAUUUCUUAUUCACCUAAAAGAAGAGAUGGGGCUUGUGGAGCAGCUCUCUCUCCUGAGAGUGGCAGACCUUGAAAAGGCAGAUUGGGUAAACCUACCAAGCCAAGGCUGCUGGUGAGAACUAUCCAGGAUUUCUGGCAUAGGGUUCCUUCUUCCUACCUCCUCUCACCUGGCCCAGGAAGAUCCCUGCAGCUGCUGCUUGGGUGGGGGGGUAAUCCCCACUGCAGAAGGAAGGAGUGAUGCCAGGACCCACCCCUGCCUUUGAGAACAGCUGCUGUGGGAUUCCAUGCUGAGCGCAGUUCCUCUGAGCAAACCCACGUUCCAGGAUCAAGGUUGUUUGAUUUUGCUAAUAAGGAAGGGGAGCUCCGCCUAGUGAUGGCUGAUUGCGAGGAGGACCCUGCUGUGUUCACCUCUACUUGUUUGCCCUCCGACCCACGGCUCCUUGCUACGGUGACCAAUGCUUACCUGGGCACACGUGUCUACCGCAACAUCCUUCAUGUCAAUGGUGUGUACAAUGGGGCGGUGGGGGACACACACCGUGCUGACAUCCCCAGCCCAGUGAAUGUGAAGAUGACAGCGCCUGAUGGGGAUGUACCUGUUGAGACCUUCACCUUGAACACACGGACAGGAACCUUCAGCCAUAAGCUUCAGUCAACCAAUUAUACAGCCACACACAGGAUCUAUGCUCACCAUUCCCUCGUCCACCUGAUGGCCUUCAGCAUCACCAUCCGGCGAUCAGCUGGCAUCAGCCAGCCCAUCACUGUGCAGCUCCAGACUCCUUUUGUGCCAAAAAGCCAGGACUUGGACCUGCAGGAAGGACCAGACUUCCAAGGAGCAUACUACGUCUAUGGGCAGACACUGGUUCCUGAGGUGGAGGGGGGACCCCAGCCCACUGUGCAUAUGCUCUGGACUCCUGUGCCACGAGCUGUCACCUUGCAUGAGGAGGAGCAGGAGCGAAGCUGGGAGUUCCUGACGGCUGUGGCUGAGAGUGAGGAGGAGGCCAAGAGGAGCUACAGCGAAGGGCUGGCACACGUGGCAGCUGGCUCCCUGCACUCCUCCCAUACCCAUGCCUGGGCUGCUCUGUGGAGAGGGUGCUGUGUGGACCUGGAAGGCCCACUGCCUUUGAGACAGGCCCUCUAUGGGUGUCUCUAUUACCUGCUGAGUGCCAUCCCCCCCCAAGAUACACCGGGAUUCCUCUUCCAUGGCAUCAGCCCUGGUGGCUUGUCCAAUGGCACACGGGGCGAGGACUACUGGGGGCACAUCUUCUGGGAUCAGGACACCUGGAUGUUCCCAAACAUCCUGCUGUUUUAUCCCAAAGCUGCCCGAGCCAUCUUGGAGUACCGGAUUCGCACACUGGAAGGAGCUCUACUCAAUGCACAGGAACAAGGCUAUGAGGGUGCCAAGUUCCCAUGGGAGAGCGCAGCUACCGGUCAGGAGGUCUGUCCUGAGGACAUUUAUGGAGCCCAAGAAAUUCACAUAACUGGGGAUGUUCUGAUGGCCUUUGAGCAGUAUUACUAUACCACACAGGACCAGAAGCUGUUCAGGACUGAUGGAGGCUGGGCGCUGGUGAAUGCCGUGGCUCAAUACUGGUGCAGCAGGAUGGUGUGGAGUGAGGAGGAGCAAUGCUACCACAUCCGAGGUGUCAUGCCCCCAGACGAGUAUCACCACCAGGUUGAUAACUCUGCUUACACCAAUGCCGUGGCACAGAGGAGCUUAAAUUUUGCAGCCAGCAUUGCUCAGGACUUCUUGAUCCCUGUGCCAGAGGAGUGGGUGGAAUGUGCAAAGAAAGUCAAAGUGCCCUUUGAUGCAGUGCGGAAAUAUCACCCUGAGUAUGACGGUUACAGUCCAGGUGAGCCUGUGAAACAAGCUGAUGUUAUCCUGCUGGGCUUCCCCCUGAUGCACCCGAUGCACCCCGAAGUGAGGAGGAAUGACCUGGUGAUGUAUGAGCCCGUCACCACGCUGAGCGGGCCAGCCAUGACCUGGAGCAUGUUUGCAGUGGGCUGGCUGGAGCUGAAGGAAACGCAGAGAGCACAGUGCCAACUGAACAAGUGUUUCAGCAACAUCACUGAGCCCUUCAAGAUCUGGGUGGAGAACUCGGAUGGGUCAGGAGCUGUGAACUUCUUGACAGGGAUGGGCGGAUUCUUACAGGCUGUCCUCUUUGGUUACACAGGGUUCAGGAUCACAAAGACCAACCUUCGCUUUGACCCUGCAUUUCCCAAUGAUGUCAACAAGUUGGAAGUCACUGGUGUCUCCUACUUGGGCAGCAAGCUGAAGUUCACCAUCACCAAGGAGGAGAUGAGGAUUGCAGCAACUAAGUGUCCCCUUCACCCUCCCCUGGAGGUGGUGCUGGAGGAGUCUGGGCAGUGCUUUCCUCUGCAUGAAGGGCAGAGCACCUCCUUCCCCACAGCUGCUGGAUGCAUCCGGAGGGCGCCCAGCAAAGGACUUUGAACCUCAUGGGUCCGGGCUUUACAUGAUGGGCAUCAAACCCACCCGUACUGAUGUGUGGACAUCCUGCACCAUCCCCGUAUUGAUAUGAGUGUGCUGAGGCUGCCAAGAGAAUGCCCCGCUCUGUUAAUUGUGAGUGUGAGCAUUGGUUCUGCUGCAGGACUCACAGCACUGGAAAGUGGGAGGAGCACAAACAAAGCUGAGUGCCUGAAAGUGAGUAAUCUAGAUGCAUUUCCUAAACAUCCCCCGUUUGUUUAUUCUUGAAAGUUCUCCAUCUCUACAGCAGUCUCUAGAUGCACAGAGCUGUUUUCAGCUCUGGAUGCCCUGCUCCACUCCUCCUGCUCUCGAGUUUUACAGGGUUUUGGAGGCAGCGUGGACAACAACAAGGCUGAAGCUGGGUGUUAUUCUGGCCCUGUGGGUUCAGGGAUGCAUUCCCUAGCCGUUCGAGCAAGGGGAAGGAAGGAUGCUCCCUGCUCUGCUCUGUAAGCCAACUCCAGGAGUUUAUAAAAAACCCUGUGACUGCUCAGCAUGUGGAAUCACUUAGGGGAGGCGACAUGGCGGGUCCUCUGCCUUGUAAUUAGAGCUGGCUCUUCAUCAGGCCCUCAUCAGUGGCUGCAGGGUGGGAUGAACGCUAUCCUUUGUUCUCUCGCCCUUUGGUAAGGGAUCUAUGGGAUGCUUAUUGAAGGAGAGGGGGAUAAAAUGCUGCUCAUGGUCCCCUAUGAUGUCCAUUCCAUGUGGACGGCUGUUUUUGCCAUUGGAGCAGUACUGCAAAGCACUGGGGAGAUUCAAGCCUCAGCCAUGCCGUACGGGUGAGGAUUUUUUCUGACCUUGGAGCCAUGGGGAAAUUCCUUCUGUAGUUAAACGGGAUGUACUGCAGGAUGCAGCAUUCCUCCUAGCUCACAGUCACCACAGGCAGAUCCCCUCUGUCCUGACUUGGGGACCUAAUCAGGGCUUGUGCUGUGCUGCAAUGAGUUGGUCCACCUAGGAGGGGUCUGCUUGGCCCAAUUGUUGCCUUCCUGAUCCAAGAAGUGUCUCCCAUCCCUACUGUUUCAGGCUGGCACACCCUAAAGCAAUGUGGAUUAAGGCUUCCAGCUAUGAACUGGGACACUCUGAGUGUACAAAACACAUUUGGUUGGACUAGAUG